AGCUUGCAGCUGAGGUUGAGUCCAUACUGUUCACAUUGUACUGUGACGGCUCAGGUUGAGAAGGACUCAAUAGAAAGACUCAGGACUUAGAGACAUCGGUAAAAGUUCAGAACAGUUCAUCUUCAUCAUGGCUCGUCAAAAAGGAGGAGGCAAGGGAAAAAAGUAGGCGGUGGGCCGUGUUGGGUAACAGGCAGGAAGAUGAACCAGGCAAAAGGCGAAAGGAGCAGGCAGGAGGCUCAAUCUAAGACCAGGCAGGUCGUCAAUACCAGGAAAAAACAAGAAAAACAGCCAAAAAAGGCGGGAAAGCUACAGCGUGGAAAGCACAAUAGGCAAUCUGGCAGGAAAGGAGCGAAAAUGGGCCGGUAUAAAUACUACGACCUGAUUAGGGAGUUGGGAACAGCUGACACAUUCAACAGCAGACAGGUUUUUGUACCAGUCUGUUUCACUGUGAGAGGAAAGUACUACAGCAUCUUCAGCUCUGGAACGAAACUGUAUGUAACAGCUUCAGAUGAGCCGGUAGUGAAGCCCGUGGUGAGCGUGUACCCAGCAGCAUCCAGAGCCCACCUGGAGGGGAAGAGCUCCCUGCUGUGUCUGGCCUCAGACAUGUCUCCUCCUCUGGUCCAGUUCUCCUGGAAAAGACAGAAGCAGGAUGGUCCUCUGGAGGAGCUGCCCCCUGCUGAGGGAGAGCAGCUGGAGCUCACAGGGUCGGGUCGCGCCGUCGCCAUCAGGGUGGUUGACCGGGACGCUUUCUACACAUAUAAAUACCGCUGCUACGUCAGGCACGAGGGGGGCACAGUGGCGGCCCAGACAGAACAAGUUGCAGUUAAAAUUUUGAGAGACCCUGGUAGGCUACCCGAUGCGGGGUAUGGACGGGCCUUCAACAGUCCCUGCAGAACCGGCACAGGUUCCACGUUGCCAGUGUUCUGGACCCGGUUCCUGCGCGUCAGCCAGAUGGCCAGCUUGGCAGAACCAGAUAAAAAGUUCACCACUCUCGAACAGCGUCACCAGCCGAGGACACUGAACAAACAAAUGCUCCAGGGUCUCCGCUUGAGAGCAGAAGAAACACUCCUCCCCCAGCUAAGGAUCCAGGUGCGCUCUGUAUCUGUUCGUAGCUAUCGCCCCGUGUACAACCCUCCACUGGAGGUCUGCUGUCCGCUUUUCAAUGGGCAGCUUGUAGAGGGCCAGCUGCCUUUCGAGGAAGCGCCUGGACCAAAAAACUCAGUCCACCUCGACAACCUCAUCCCCGCUAAAGAGCGCAGGUUCAGAACCUUCAUGCAGAUUUGA